GAGCCGCAGUCACUCCAACGGGCGAGGCGCAGCGGCACGGCGGGGUCCCCAGCCUUCCUGCAGUGCAGAGAUCCACUCAACUCAUGAACCCAUACUGGCAACUGACAACUUCAAGGAUACCGUGAAUGUGUUUAUUAGGAAACAAAAUAGGAAAAUCUACAGACAAACAUUUCAUUUGGUUGGAGUAUUUUUUGAAAGAUUUAGGCUACUUACACAUGUUUUUAGGGUUUCUAUGGACAGUCAUAUGACCACAGCAAAUGCUCACGAGCAAUAAUAUAAUGAGUACUUUUGACAUUUCUCUUUAACCCUCAAGAUGGAUUUACAAACCCUGAACGAGACCUCUGUGUUAUUGAAGUGUGUGGAAGCGCAAGGCGCAGCGUCAAAUGGAACGCCGAACUCCAGCCUGGAACUCACAAACAUCACCACCUGUGGAAACGCUUACGUGGUCCUCAAACCGCAACAUGUCAAACAGAAAGAGGUGGACUCGCUGCGUAUCCUGCUUUACUCGGUAAUCUUCCUCCUCAGUGUGUUUGGCAACCUGCUAAUCAUUGUGGUCCUGACGGUCAACAAGCGCAUGAGGACGGUCACCAACUCCUUCCUGCUGUCCCUGGCGGUCAGCGACCUGAUGAUGGCCAUCUUCUGCAUGCCCUUCACCCUCAUACCCAACCUCCUGGAGGACUUCAUCUUCGGGCCCACCAUGUGCAAGAUAGUGGCUUACCUCAUGGGUGUUUCCGUGAGUAUCUCCACCUUCAGCCUGGUUGCCAUAGCAAUUGAGCGCUACAGCGCCAUCUGCAACCCGCUAAAGUCACGGGCGUGGCAGACCCGUUCCCAUGCCUACCGGGUGAUUACUGCCACCUGGCUGCUGUCCUUCAUGAUCAUGAGUCCCUACCCGGUGUUCAGCCACCUGGUCCAUGUCCCCCUGAAGGACAACAUCACCAUUGCACGCAUGUGUCGCCAUAUCUGGCCCCACAGGGAGGUGGAGCAGACCUGGAAUAUGAUGUUGCUGCUUACGCUCUUUGUUGUUCCGGGUGUGGUGAUGAUCGUAGCCUAUGGACUUAUCUCCAGAGAGCUGUACCGGGGAAUCCAGUUUGAGCUGGGUCAGAAGACAUCAUCCCCCAGUCUAAAGAAUGGCCUGACCGGCACUGUGUCUUGCGUUAGCGACGACGGUGAUGGUUGCUACGUCCAGGUCUCCAAGCGUCCACACUCCAUGGAGAUGUCCACUCUGACAUCAUCUACUGCGAGCACAUCCAAAGUGGAGCAUGCCCGCAGCAACUCCUCAGAGGCCAAGCUCCUAGCCAAGAAGCGUGUGAUCCGGAUGCUGGUGGUGAUCGUGGCUCUGUUCUUCCUGUGCUGGAUGCCACUAUACUGCGCCAACACCUGGAAGGCUUUCCACCCAGCCUCGGCCCGCCGUGCCCUCUCUGGUGCCCCCAUCUCCUUCAUCCACCUACUGUCCUACACCUCGGCCUGCGUUAACCCCAUCAUCUACUGCUUCAUGAACACUCGCUUCCGCAAGUCCCUGCUUGCCACCUUUGCCUGCUGCUGUCGCCCUCCCUGCCGACGCCAAGGGCUGCGGGAUGGAGAGGAGGACGCAAUGGCUUUGGGGGUGUCCAUGUCCAAGUUUAGUUACACCACAGUCAGCACUAUGGGGCGUGCUGAGGGAGGGACCACUGACUGACUGGGGGACAGGGGAGACCAGAGAGAUAUGUGGUUAUGUGAUCGGUUUAGUCAUUUCUAUAGGGGAAACCAUUAACCUGUGGUCAUUAUAUAUGGGGGAGAUUAGGUUUGGGCGGUAUCCAGAUUUUUAAACCUUCCUACCAUUCCUGUACCAUACCGGGGUACAAGUUAUUACCGGCAUUGCACACAAAGGGGGCUAUUUAUUUUCAAAAGCAAAAAACACCAACAAAACAUUCAAACAAUUCUUAUUUUUUUACUCACGAAACAAAUUUGGGCAGGAUCCAGGAGGGGAUUGACUUAUUUAACAUAUAGUUAUAAGCAGUGGCGUAGCAUUUAUAUAUUUACGGUAUUCGAAAUCAUACCGUCGGAAUUUCAAAAUUCCCCCGGUAUACCGCCCAAGGCUAGGGGAGAUGCACCCACAGUCUAUAGGGAAGUCAACACAAGACCAUGACUGUAAUGCUAAUGUCAAGACCAAUUGGCUCAGAGAUGUAUUAUCUAGUUAAACUAACCUACUGUAUGUUGAUGGGUAGAUCAAACCUGUAGUCCUUUAAAAAAAGGGAAAAUACUCAUGGCCUAUGGAGAAUGAAUACCCAACAUACCCAAAGGAAAAGGACAGUUAUACACUGUUCAAUAGUUGAAAAACAAAAGAAAAUAAUGGAAAUAUAAUAGCACUGUUUUUCAUUAGCAUUUGUCCCAAGUGAUGGAAAACAAUGUUUCAUUUAAUGGUAUGUAGCCUAUGUAGUUAUUUCGUUAUCAUCUGGGACUCAUUAAAACAGCUUGCAUUCAUUUUUACUGUUGAACCCCUGAUAUAUGAUGGGAACUAACUUCAGGGUGGAAUUAAAGGGUUAUGUGUUGGUAGGGGGUGUAUUCCUGAAUGAUACGCUAUGGGGUUGCAGUGCAGUAGCUUGAGGAACAGCUAUUAGUAAUACCAUUUGCAAAGUUUCUACUUAUUUUCACGUUGCUUUGGGUUUUUACAAUGCCGAUAAUGUUCUUAUUAUUAGUGUUGUCAAUGUCCUGAUGAUGAGAAACUCUGUUGUGGACUAUAAGUGCGUGCCUGUAAAUGCUGAUCUUUCUUCGAGUAUCAUCUGUUUGCUGUGCUGUGGACUAUGUAUUUCAUGACGGACAUUGUAAAUACGGUGUUGCUACAUCAUGGUCUUAGCCAGACUGGAUUGGAUGUGGAUUGGAGGCCAGACUCAACUGCGACCAAACCAACCCAACCUUACCGAAGACAGCAGCGAUAACGAAAGUAAGUAAUGUGGGGUAUUAGGGAGGUACUGUUACUGUAUAUUUAGGCUGUUAGUCUGGAUCCAGCUCAUUUGUAAUCAUGGUAGACUGCCUUUGUCUCUUUUAGAGGUGCAUCCUUGCUUUUUCAAAAACAGCUCGGUCUCUGCAGAAAACUGACGACACAACAACUUGUGUUGCAUAUCAUUGACCUGUUGUGUACAUGUUGUCCAUGUAUCCACUGUACUGUUGGUGUGUGUGUUUAUGUUGCUGCUAACAGGGUGAGUAAAGUUACUCAGCUGAGCAGGGGAAAGAUUCUACAGACAUUACUGAUUGGCUUCAGCAUAAUCUAAACUGUCAAAAAUGUCCUGUAAUUCAUACAGUAAAAUACUGGCAGCACAGAAGCCUGUAGAUUUACAGGACCUUUACUAAAAUACCAAUUUACAGCAUAUUACUGUAACACCUGACUACAGAAACAUGCUGUAUUUCUAGAAUCUACAGUGUAUAUGUGACAAUAAAACAUAUACAUUGAGUGUACAAAACAUUAAUAUGGAGUUGCACCCCCUUUUGCCCUAGG